GACAACAGAGCGUGUGCAGCCAUGAGCUAGACCACAUCCCCGCUCUACUGCCCAGUGGCCGAGCAGGGAUCUCCCAGCCUGCCACUGGCGGUUCAUGCAGUGGAAUCGGUUUUAGGUAAAGGCUUCGCACUCGCUCCAGCGUCUCCCGAGGAAUGUGGAACCGCCUCAUGUUUCACUUCGGUGAGAUCAGCCGCUAAAAAUGGCCGUCUGUGAUACCGGGUCGCACCUGGGCAACUGGGAGCGUUAAGCGUGAGCCUCCGUUCUUGACCGCCCUCGCACGGAAGCACAGGUGACCUGCCCGGGACCAAGUAGCAAGCCGCCGUGAAGACGAGUGCUUUCCCGCGCGGGAAGUGGGCGUGUUUUCUCAGCUGGCGUGUUUUCUCAGCUGGCGUCGCCACGCGCCGGUCAUAGCGGCAGGAACGCCGAUCAGCCUAGGCAUUUUGGGCCUGACGGAGAAGCACUCCGUGCCUCAUCGCACUGAGCACUCCCCCAACACUGUGGGGUAGGCCUCAGACAUGCCCUGCCCACCUUUCCGAAUCGGAAAACCCAGGAAGUUCUGGAAACAGGAUGGAGGAGAUCGUGUCUCAAGCACACUAGCGCCAGCGUCCUUCCAAGCCCCGCCUCCGCUGACCGCUCUGCCGUUUGUGAAGACCACAGAAUUAUUUGAAAUGAUUGAGAAGGUGCAGAGCAACAGGAUGGAUGAGCAGAGGUGCGCCUUCCCUCCGCCCCUUAAGACGGAAGAAGACUACAUCCCUUAUCCCAGUGUUCAUGAGGUGCUGGGCCGCAAAAGUCCAUUCCCACUGAUCCUGCUGCCGCAGUUUGGCGGCUACUGGAUCGAGGGCACCAAUCAUGAGCUGAGCUGUGCCGCUGACCCCGAACAGGUGGUGUCGCCCACGUCUCGCAUUAAGCUGGAGUGCAACACCAUGGCCGUCAUCUACAGGAAACACUUCCUGGGAAAGGAGCACUUCAAUUACUACUCAGUGGACAGUGUUCUCGGACACCUGGUCUUCUCGGUGAAGUACGACGUGAUCGGAGACCAGGAGCACCUCCGCCUCUUACUACGCACUAAGAUGAAAACCUAUCAUGAUGUGAUACCAAUAUCCUGCCUGACUGAGUUCCCCAAUGUUAUCCAGAUGGCCAAGCUCGCCUGUGAGGAGGUGAAUGUGGACCGCUUUUUCCCUGUGCUCUACCCAAAGGCUUCAAGGCUCAUCGUUACAUUUGACGAACAUGUGAUCAGCAACAACUUCAAAUUUGGUGUCAUCUACCAAAAAUUUGGACAGACCUCGGAGGAGGAGCUCUUCGGGAACAAUGUUGAGAGCGCAGCCUUCGCGGAGUUUCUCGACUUCCUUGGCCAGAAGAUUGAGCUGCAUGAUUUUAAAGGGUUCCGAGGUGGACUGGAUGUGACCCAUGGGCAGACUGGCACAGAAUCCAUCUACCACAACUUCCACAACAACGAGAUCAUGUUCCACGUGUCGACUAAGCUGCCCUACACAGAGGGAGACACUCAGCAGCUGCAGAGAAAGAGACACAUAGGAAACGACAUUGUGGCCAUUGUGUUUCAAGAGGAGAACACCCCCUUUGUACCGGACAUGAUUGCAUCCAAUUUCCUACACGCCUACGUGGUGGUGCAGGUGGAAAAUCCAUGUUCAGACAAUGUCCUGUACAAGGUGUCCGUGACUGCGCGUGACGAUGUCCCUUUCUUUGGGCCAGCACUCCCUGACCCUGCUGUGUUUAGGAAGGGUCCAGAAUUUCACGAGUUUCUCUUGACAAAGCUCAUCAAUGCAGAAUACGCCUGUUACAAAGCUGAGAAGUUUGCCAAACUGGAGGAGCGUACACGGACCGCCCUCCUGGAGACACUCUAUGAGGAGGUACACAUCAACAGUCAGGCCAUGAUGGGCCUCGGAGCUGAGGAGGACAAGCUGGAGAAUGGGGCUGGAGGGGGAGGGGGCUUCUUCGGGUCCUUCAAGCGGGUGAUCCGCAGCAGGAGCCAGUCCAUGGACGCCAUGGGGCUCAGUAGCCAUGGGGCUCACAGGAAACCACACACGGUCUCAACUAGUCACAGCGGCAACUUUACCCACAAUCCUCCAGAGACCCCCAAAACCCCCGGGAUCUCGUUGAUAAUCCCUGGAAAGAGCCCCACCAGGAAGAAAUCUGCCUCCUUCAACACUCGCCGAAGCAGCGCUAUUGGGAUCGAGAACAUCCAGGAGGUGCAGGAGGGAAGGAGAGAAUGCUCCCCUGGCACGCAGAAGACGCCCGACAGUGGCCACGCUUCACAGGACCCCAAAUCGGAGAACUCGUCAGAUCAGAGUUCGCCUGAGGUGCCUACAACUAAGAACAGGGCCCCCUCCAUCCCCGAGGGUAACGACCUGUCGCGCUCCUCGUCCAAUGCCAGCAGCUUUGCCAGCGUGGUGGAGGAGAACGAGGCCGAGGCCACGGAGGAGUACGACACCGGCCUGGAGAGCCUCUCGUCAGCAGGGACACCUCACAAGCGGGACUCCUUCACCUACAGCACUUGGCUAGAGGACAGUGUGAACAGCCCCUUUAACACCAGCAGGGGUGACUCUCCAGCAUCUGCCAGGGUUCCUGAGCCGCCCAAAACGGAGAUCCGCAUUAAACUGGAGCGUCCGCAGGAACAGAAGCCAGCACAGAACUGCUAACCCUGUCUGCCCAGAUGCAUCAUGGAUGCCCAUAAAAGAACUAUCAUAGAAGGCGCCGUGUCCAGGAGAUGAGGUGCUCACCAUUUUUCAGCACCUCAGGCAAGGAGGUGGAAGAGGAGAAAGAGGAGGAGAAGGAGGAGUGCCUGAUGCACCGGGCGUGGUCCUUUUAACUACCGCUCUAAUCACACACACACACGUGACAGCGGCCAGCUGGGGAACCAUGGAAAAUGGAUCAGCGGGAGACAGAAAUCAGGGACCACAGGAAUGUCACGCUUUUAUGUCACAGUCACUUGCAUGUUCAUUUGUUUGUUCAUUCUUGACUUUCACUAUAACGGGGUUCCCCAAUUCUGGUUUUGGAAACAGCAGAUUCCCCUCCUCAAACCCACCUACUAAACCUGACAAUUGGCUCUUGAGCUGAAUAAGGUGUAUUUGAGCAGGGAAAUCUGCAAAGUGUGUUGCAGACUGGCCCCCCAGGACUGGAACUGAGGAACCUCGGCACUAUAACCUUUGUCCAAGUUUUACAGCAACAAAUGUUCCUCAUACAUUUUAGUCCCCCCCCCCCCCACCCCGUUAGGCAACAUCAACAAAAUUCACUAGCAAAUAGAGUGGACAGUUUUUUAAAAUGUAUUUAUUUAUAUGGUUCCACUGUGAAUUUGCCUUCAAAGGGACAGGCCAACAGAUCUAAAACGCCAUAUGCAUUGUGUGAAAGUGUACAAGACAAAAGUAAUUAAGCAGAACUUUGUCUAGAGGUGAGACAUGCACUGACUUUAAUGACAAAGACAUUCGAGGGCGGAGUAUCAUUUAUUUGUAAUCUGUUCCGUGAACAGGGAGCAUAAUAAUUACGGGGCAUCACAGACAGCAGUUUUAGACUGUUAGUCUAAAAUUAUACAUAGAACAGAGCAGUGGUUUAUUUCCCCUUAAACGUAAAUUAAUUUUAAAAGUGUUUUUAUUUUAGCAUGUUGUUUCACUUUAAUUUUCAACAUCAUCAUAAUCGUUGUAGAAAUGGGAACAACCUCGUUGCUGAAUCAGCUCAGCAUGGUACGUUGUAGCCGCAUGUAUCGUUUUGGGAAAGAUGGAAGCGUUUGAUCAUAAAUUAUCCUGCACCCCUGCUUUUCCCCAGUCAGCAGUAAAUUCUCAGUAAACCCCAAAAAAACGAUACCAUAUUUUGUUAGUGAUAUAACCCUUCACCGGUUGCGGCUAGCUGUUUUUAGGGAGACCCCCCAUGUUUGUUUGUUCGUGUAUUUAUUUUAACCCAGCUGUUGAUUGUAAAUAAUGAUCAGCAGUUUCCAUCUGAGGCAUUAAUUUACGUUACGGUGGGAUAUUUGCUGACCCAAUGGACCAAAAACCAUCGCUUUUCUCCUCAAAUCAAUUACGUGGGAGAAAUGCUGUGGAAGAGACCAACGUAACACAUAAAACAUAAGAAAAAACAAGUCAGUCAGCAGACUGCUGCUCAGUGCUGAAAUUAUACAUCCUUGCGAUGGAAUUGUAGUUAAAUGUUUAGUGCAGCAGUAAUUUGCCAAAGUUAAACAACUCUUAAAGUCUUUUUUGACUGCCCGGGGAUUACACUUUCCCUUUAAUGACCGGGAUGUAUUUAUGACGGCUGCUGCCUAGAGCGACCUUCUGUCUCUCUGUCCUAAAGGCGCCCGCAAACAUCACCGCAGUCUCCGUUUGUUGAUCUCGGCUCCGCUUCGCACACUGAGUCCUCCCAUGACACCCGAUAAAACUCUUCCCAAUAUUUUUUUCAGUCAGACGUAGCCUUGCGUUUUAUACACACAAAUGACUUGAUUUGUGUGUACUGAGCCGGCCUCGAGCGUUGCCUUGAGCGUUCAUUAAUUGAAACCAGUAAAUAAUAUGGCAUUCAAAUGAAGGAAUUAUGAUCUGUAUAUUGUGGUGUAUCUGUAUAACUAUAUUUAAGAAAAAUACUGUGCACUUGUUUUAUUUGUGUAUUUAAAGAUGUACGUAUAUAGUCUGUGUUUGUGACCGAUUUGUUACUCUUCAUAAGCUGCUGCCUUUAUAGUCCUGCUGUAGUUAUGGUGACUCAGGCUAAACCCCUCACUGUUCCUUGUAUAACUCGUACUAAACCGUCAAUUGCCCCAGUUAAUUACAUUCAUUACAGGUCUUUCGUGGUUGUAUAUGUCUGCUCAGCCUUGAUUCUUGGGUUGUUGGUUUAAUACUGUACAACAACAGAUGUCUCUUGUGUGCUGUUAAUGGGUAGCCCUCUUUCAACGUUUCAUUCCUUUUUAAAUGAUCGCAACUUAAUAAUACAAGUUAAACACUGUGCAGUUAUAUAUAAAUAUGAAAAUGACUGUCUUACCUUUAAAGCAUGUGGUCAUGUACGAUGCCUUGUACGCGACGGCCAGGAACGGAGCCCCGAGAUCAGUGAGAAUGUGGAAGUGAAGUAGUGCUUCAGGCAUCUCUGCUAGGAGAAGCAGAACUUCUAUGCAUUAUCUAGCCCGAAGACCAGCGUUGGUCAAUGCUCAUGUUUUUUUUUAUUUCGGGGUUAUCUCAGAGAGCAGCAUUCAUCUAAGAACGAAACGCAAAUGUUUAAUGCACGUUUUUCAUACAAGCUAACUCAUAGUAACAUGCAGGGGCGGAUUAACGCACAGGCUAGAUAUGGCUUAAGCCUAGGGGCCCCACGUGUGCCAGCCUGCAAGGGGGCCCCCAUUGGCGCGGAGGGGGGCGGGGUUGGGGGGCCCACAGACUACUGUAGCCUAGGGGCCUCUGUACACCUUAAUCCGCCCCUGGUAACAUUAAUAAUACAAAGUAAAUGAUCCAGGCUGUUAUUCUUCCUAUACUACUACUACUACUACUACUACUACUACUACUACUACUAAUAAUAAUAAUAAUAAUAAUAAUAAUAAUAAUAAUAAUAAUAAUAAUAAUAAUAAUAUUGUUGUUGUUGUCAUGAAUGCUGGCUCUCUCUAUAUUUUUCCCCUGGCUAUGUCCUUGCGCAUUUCAAAAAUACACAUGGCUGUUCAGUGGGCUAUUCUGUUUAGACAGCUAUAUAAAAGUAUCCUCAGUAAAACCAUAUACCUUAUUUAAUGAAAAACAUCAUGUUCCAUAUUGUAACACUACAAAUGAAUUGCUUUUGGGCAGCUGUUUUGGGAAGGGGACCGUCUUAAGAACCUAAUCAAAGUUAAAUGACACUUUAAUCAUUAUGAAUUAUAUUAUAUUUAUGUAUUUUAAGUAAAACUACAAUUGCUCCUGUUUUAUUUCAGUUAAUUUUAUUCAGUAAAAUAGGCAUUUAAGUAGAGCAUUUGUCUGUGUUGUAUUAUUCAAAGGGCCAAUGGCGCCCCCUACUGUAAGGAAUCUGCUCCCGCUUCUUUGUGCACAAAUCCAUGCGGAUGACCUACAGAGAACUUUAGAAUAUAAGCAAUCAAAACUCUGUUCACACUGCAAUGUGCUAACAUAAGGUGAUGGUAUUUUUGUUCUGUUAAUUUAAUUUAAUGAACCCUUGAAUGACAGUCUCAUUGUAAAUGGCUUUCUUUUUUGUAAAUACAGCCAAGACAAUAAUAAAUAUGACUGAUUAUUUUA